CAGUGCACAGAUACAUGAAAAAACAAACAAACAAACAAAUAAACAAAAACCAAAACAGAAAAACAGAGGCAAACAUCAAGCUAAACAUCCCUUCUAUUCACUUCAUCUUCAAUGAAUCCACAUAUCCCUCACACUAGCUUUUUAGAUUAUAUCUCUGAUUUAAAGCCAUUCAUUAACCAGUCGAGUAAAGCUUGUAGAGAUAAUAUUUAUGAGAUUAAUAGGAACCAUUCCUUUACUUUUUAAUAAAUAGACUUCCUCGAUUUAUUCCGUAGCCAAAAAGGUUUUAUCUAGUAUAUUCUAGCCUUGAAUCUCAAUUUCCUUAUUGUCGACGAAAACUCAGUACUAUCUUGUGUAAGCCAAUGGUUCUAUUUUAGGCUGGAAUCGCAACCUUAUACGACUACGAACUAGGGGUCGGAGAGAUCGUUUCCGUGAUUAAUGGUAUUUUGAUGGUAUUAGGUUUAGUCUUCAAGCCUAAGAGCCGAAACAGAUUCUUCUCGUCUCAAUCAGUACGUCGAAGUCUUCGCUAACGGUUCGCGGAACUGUUAUUAAAGAGGCCGUGAACUCAUUACUUUGGAGAUAUGAAAUACAAAAACCUGAGAAAGCAAAACAAAUCGCACUUGCGACCAUCCUUCGUUGCUCUGCAGACAACAAUUAAAAUAUAAAGUUUUGACUUUUUGACGCGAUGACAUCCUGCUACCGUGUUGUUUAGCAAGGUAACCUGCACAACAUUGGUAUUAGGAUACUAAAGUACGAAAAUCAAUUCUUACUGAAAGGAAUCUGUCUAGAAAAGAAAAAUACGACGGUUGGGAAAGUUAAGUGUUGGAAAUUGAGCAGACAUAAAAAACCUACAAAGAACUGAAGUCAACUGAGCCAAGGUUCAAGCGAAAAAUCCAUCAAAAACAAUUUCUUAAACUAGAAAGUUAAGCUGCACAUGCACUAUGACUUCACUCAAGCAAGUUUUCAUCUGCCUGGCUGUCAGUAUUGUGGCAACAACCACAGUGGGAAACAGUCACAGACUUUACAAAAAAGGAGACGUCAUUCUUGGAGCGUUGCUGUCAAUACACAACAGCGGAGAAGACACAACGUGCGGCAAGCUGAACGUCUUUGGCCUUGGUUUCGCAGAAACUAUGAUUUAUGCGAUCGAUAUUAUCAAUAACAGCUCGGACAUUCUACCCGGGGUCACUCUAGGGUACGAUAUACGGGAUUACUGCGAAAGUCCUACAUUGGCGAUGAAGUGGACACAUGAGUUUGUGAAGAACAACUUCAUGGUCAAUUUUGAUUUAGGUCUUUGUGGGAAUCAAAGUCAGUACGCUAAUCAUUAUCAUGGAAGGGCUUCCUCUUCGCCAAAUAGCUCCAAAAUUCUUGAAUCCCCCAUCGUAUCCGUGGUAGGUGCUUAUGAUUCAGACACAACCGUACUUGUGGCACAACUACUUCAAGUAGUGAACAUUCCUUUAGUCAGUCCGUUCUCUACUAGCGAGCAACUGAGCUCAUCGUACUACAGCGCGUUUUUCCGUACGGUGCCUCCAGACGGCCUGCAGGCUAAAGCCAUGGCUGAUCUAAUUGAGCGUUUUAACUGGAAUUACAUCGCUGUUGUUGCCGUGGAUCAUUCAUAUGGUCGAUACGGAGUCCGGGCCCUGGAAAAUGAAGCCCAAAAAAGAAAGACCUUUUGUACAGGAUUGAUUCAGUAUCUUCCUCGUUCAAGUUUUGAGACAAAGAUGGAAAAUAUAAUCGAGACGUUAUUGAAACGUAAACGAGUGCGCGUAAUAGUCCUUUGGGCAAAUAGCCAUCAGUCGGUGGAGUUUAUAAAGAAGGCAAUGAAUGCAGGUCUUCAUGAUAAAGUGUGGAUCCUGAGUGAUGAUUUCGCAACAUCUUCGAACGAUUAUUAUUUCAAGGAGUUUACCAACAAGGUAAAAGGGGUGUUCCUUGGUGUUGCUCAUCACCUUCAUAAUGAUUCAUCGUUGUCUCGGUACAUGAGUUCGCUGCCAUUGUUAGGAAAGCGUCACGGUUGGUGGGAUGAGUUCCUUGAAGAAGAAUUCAACUGUACUUCCUCGUCUUCUAAACCUUAUUUGCCACAAUGCAGUAAGAGAAAUCUAAAACUUUCGACAAGCACACUGAAAAAUCUUUUCAAUCCGUUCACUCCAUACGUCGUUGACGCAGUUAAAGCCAUUGCACAUGCAAUAGAUGCUAUGUAUAGAUGUAACGAGAGUAUUCGCCAAUGUCCUAAGACUCGUCCAUUCAUCAAGUCAGAAGACCUCGUUGAUUACAUCAGAAAUGUAACUGUACGAGGUAUUACAGGGCAAGUCUGGUUUGACGGAAGCGGAAAUCCCAAGUCAUCUAGCUAUGACAUCAUCAAUAUUUACAACCAAUCAGGUUCUUUCAUGAAGACUACAAUUGGCACGUGGGGCAUCAAUGGCGGAUUACAGAUCAACGCUAGUCUUAUCAAGUGGUCUGUGCCUGAGAAAGAAGCACCGUCGUCCAUUUGUACGGAGAGGUGUUCUCCGGGUACAUGGCGUACGCGAAUGAAGAACUGUUGUUGGGAGUGCAUGCCGUGUGACAACAGCAGUGUCAGUAAUUUAUACGAUGCACCACAAUGCAAGAGAUGUAAUGGAGUUUUGGUACCCAAUGGYAUGAAGACGGCUUGUAUUGAAGUGACUGUUGUUAAUGUGAAGUUUUCGAGCUCCGUGGGUAUCAUCUUUACAACCAUUGCAGGCAUUGGAAUACUCUUAGCAAUUGUAUCACUUUUGCUCUUCAUAAAGUUCUACCACACACCCCUAGUCAAAUCAUCCAACCGAGAGCUCAGCUUUUUCCUCUUGGCCAUCAUCGUGUUCGGCUUUGCUCUGGCCAUCGUCCACGUUACGCUACCAACAAACAGCAUUUGCAAGCUUACCCAGCCAUGGCGCUAUUCGAUACACUGCCUAAGUGUGUCAAUCCUCUUUAUCAAAACAGUACGUAUGGCUCGAGCGUUCCAGUUGGAAAUGCCAGGACUUCCUAAAUUCUGCAAGCGAUCUGUAGUGAAUGCGAAACUCCAAGUCAUCACUUUGGUUUUCUUGAACACUUGUCCUGUUCUACUGGCAAUACUAUGGAGAGUCCUAGAUGAACCUCACGUCGUGAAGGAGUACAAUGAACUCCCUCAUGAAACCCGAGUGGAAUACAUUUGCAAGCCUUACCAGGGGAACACAGGCUACGGACUUGAGCUCUCAAGCCUAUGUUACCUAAUUCUAUUAACAGUCAUGUGUAUAUUCUACUCAUUUAAGGCCAGGAAUUUACCUGGAAACUUCAACGAGACCAGAUACAUUGGGUUAUCGUUGUAUAUUCUUCUACUAUCUUGGUUGGCGUAUUUUCCGAUUAACUCUGCCCUAAAGGGUUGGUACGUGGCUGUUAUUUCAAGUGCUACAGCCUCGUUGGCUUCGUACGGUCUUCUGGGGUGCAUUUUUGGACCCAAAAUAUUCAUAAUCUUAUUCCACUCGGAAAUGAACACCAAUGAGUUCGUCCGCGCGGAGUUACGAAUCGCAAACAGAGGGACGAAUUCUGUGUCUGCUCAAAGCAGCUAAGUACAAAUUGGAAUCACAAACUCUGAUUCCUUUUAACUUUGGGACUUUUUUUAGGUUUUGGUAAGCCCAAUCGAAUCCCCCUGGUAAAAAUCCUGGAACCGCUUCUAAAAUUCCAUAAAGAAAAAGUAUUAUUUGUAUAGGAAAUCGCACGAUCUCGAGUACGAUUCGGAAUUCAUAGGUACGAGUGAUGUUUUGAAAGUUU